AUGCGAGUAGCAUCAUUUGGAAGAUAUUCAGGGAAUGAAAGAGACGGAUAUAUAAAGAGAGCAGGAAACUAUCAAGGAACAGAAGCAGAUGACACACACCAUAAAGCAAUAUUCAACGGUGAAUUCAUACAAAGAGUAUUAGCAAUAGUAGCGUCAAAAUUAAAAGGAUCAGCAGAAGCACUAUACAAUAGUAACUCAGCAAGAAUAAAUUGUUACUACAAAAAUCGAGCAGACAAUGUAAAUCUAAAAGACUCACAUAACUACCCAUUAGAACAAGUAAUAGACUAUGGAGGAGUAGCAUUUGAUGCAACCGCAACAGCAUCGGCAGCAUUAAUGAUACCAACAUUCGACAGGAAUACUGUAAAUCAAACACAAGUUUCAUUCAGAGAAUUAUUUGACAAUCAAUACAUAUCGGAUGAAUUGAGGUUAAUCCACCAACAAAACUUCCUUAAAUACAAAUGGACACCAGACUUAUCUGACGGACAAAGUGUACAAAACUUUAAAGCAAAAUAUGAAAAGUUAAAACAACUUUCAAACUACCAAUUUGCAAAUAACUUCUAUCAAGGAGAACAAGCACACUUGCUUGACAGAAUACCAUUACAAUAUCGAACUGAAGUAUUAUUCAGACAACCAACGACCUAUGAAGAAUUCUUCACAUACCUAAAUACAACAUUCCAUAACAAAAGAGUAUUAGCAAACGAAAGUGCAUUCAGUGGAAAAGAUGUUAAACAUUUUAAAUUAAAAGCAAAUAACUUUCAAAAAUCAGGAAUAAAAAUAAGAAAUUACCAAAGAAGUGAUUACCAACAAACAAGAAAACCUUACCAACCAAGAGAUAUGUCUAAAGUAAAAUGUUACAAUUGUGAGGAAUAUGGACAUUACAAAAGAGAUUGUCAAAAUGCCAAAAAGGAAUCAUUUAACAGAUUUCAACCAAAAAGAUUCCAAAUACGAAGAAAUAACAAUAAUAAAAUAUCAUUCAGAGGAGGGAGAGGAAAAUUCCAAAGAGGAAGACCUUUUAGAACAAAUAACAAUAACCGAUCUAAUAAUAAUCGAAGAUUCACUGGACAAAAAACUAAAAAUGUUCACUUCAGAAAUAAUCCACGAGGAAAUAACAAUUUCAGAAACAAAAGAGUAAAUAACAUAAGAACCACCAAUAUCACUAAAGAAAAAGGAAAUAACCAAAAGAAAAACUUUAACAACAAAAAAAUAAACCAUUAUCAAGAAGAAGAAGAGGAGGAUGAGGAACCACAAGCUUCAACCUCAAAUGAUCAAAGAAAAUAUUAUUUUUAA